CCAUAUUCCUGCGAACCAAAAGGGGCAGUAGUUGCGCGUCGUGGUAGCACUCCUCCCGCCUACUUCUGAAAGUCAGGCUGAGCCGCUGAGGCUACCAAACCAGAUCAACAAAAUCAAACCGUUUAUGUUCUUCCCCGCAACGGCAUCCCCCCUUCCCCCCGGGUCAGAUUUAUAUUUGCUGAAACGCUAUUUCUGGAUCACGAGAUUCCUUCUUCCCUCGACUUCUAUCUUUCUGGCAAUCAUUCUCUAUCCUGUUCAGAAAUGUUUAGGCGUGGAAGCAAAUCAACAAGGCCAUUGCAUGGAGCCCUGAAUUGCCGAUUGGUGGUUCUGAUCAUAUCACUGGUUAUAGCACUUACUCUCUCCUUGUUGUUUCUAAGUAGCAAGGAAGGUCAACCCAAAAUUUCACCCAACAUUUCAAGGCAAAAGUGGAACAGCUUUCGGUCUUCUGUUCAAUUCCAACCCACUUUAGAUCUCAGUAAUGGAAGAGAUGUGAUAUGGCAAAUACCUGAUUCUCCAAAGGCAGUUCUCUUUCUGGCUCAUGGAUGCAAUGGCAGAGCUGUGAACUUUUGGGACAGAUCUCCUGGCUGCCCCAAUUGUGUUGGUCUGCCUGAAGAAAGGCUUAUUGUCCUACAUGCUCUUGCUCGGAAAUUUGCUGUUCUUACCAUAUCUAGUGCUGGGAGAUGCUGGUCAUUUGAAGAGGAAAGAGUAAUUAUAAAAGAAAUUAUCCAAAAGUGGGUUGAUAAAAACAGGCUUGAAAAGCUUCCUAUAGUGGCUUUGGGAGCCUCUUCUGGUGGGCAUUUUGUUUCUGCUCUAGCUACUGAUAUGAAAUUUAGUAGUAUCACGCUUAUGAUUGCAGAAGGAUUGUUUAGAGGAUUGGAUAUCCCAGAUGACUACCCACCUACUCUUUUUGUGCACAUGCCAAAAGAUGACGAGAGGAUGAAACUGAUCGGUAAAAAUAUGAAAGCUCUAAGGAGGAAAGGAGUAGAUGUUUCAGAGAUUAAAUGCAUGGAGUUCCCCUUGGCCCCUAGUCUCUUAGCUGACAGAAUCCCAGGUCUUGAUGAUACCAUCUCUGUAAAAUUGUUUGAAUUGUUUCGCAAUAAAGGUUUCAUUGAUGAUAAUGGAUACAUGAGGAAAGAUGGUCGUGCAACAAAAUGGAAGGAGGCUGUCAGGAAGGAGCAAAACCUUUUACCAGAUAAGUAUGAGUGGAUCCAUCAUAUUCAGGAGGAACUUAAUCUUGCAUUUGCGUACCAUGAGAUGACUAGCUUGCAAUCUGAACAGAUAUUUGAUUGGUUUGAAUCUCACAUAAGUUGAUCAGGUUCUCUGAACUUGUCAACCCCAACCACAUAUAACAGGCUAAAAGCAUCACUCAAUUGACUACUUAUUUAGACUCCCAGCCGUGCUUGAGAUUGCAGACUACAUGGGUUGGAAUAAACUACUGAUCAACAGCCCGAUCUUCUGUUAUUGCUCGAUGGUUGACUCUGGAAUUUCAUGUUAUGUAAAAUUUUUCCAGAUUUCUGAAAGGGACUAGAUAUGAGGCAAACAAAUGAUGAUGCAUAUUUCUUUGGAAUUAUUAUGGUGGCAUAUUGAUCUUUGAUGCCUCUAAGAGAUGUUUAACGACAAAACACUGAUCAUAAAGGAUCGAAUAUCGGGGAAACCUCUUCUCCACGGCCAGAGUAAAGAUGGGUUGUAUCAACUAAUAGUCGAUCAAGUUCUGCACAAUAAAGCUCCAUCAGUACAUGUUGGAGAGCGGGCAUUUGUUGAAAUGUGGCAUUCCUGUCUUGGACAUCCUAGCUUACAAGUAGUUCGUAGUGUUCUUCGUCAACAUUGACUUCCUACUUAUUAUAAUAAAGAGAGGCCCAUGGCUUGUGAGCCCUAUCAACCUGGCAAGUUCAAGCAUCUUACUCUACCAACUUCAAUAAGUCGUAGCACAACUCCUUCAGUUGAUAUUCUCUGACGUCUGGGGGCUUGCUCCCUUAGCGUCCUAUGAAGGCUACAGCUAUUAUGUGUUAUUUUUAGAUGAUUUCAGUAAGUAUGUUUGGAUUUUUCCAUUGGUUCACAAAUCGGAUGUGUUGUUUACUUUCAUUCAAUUUAAGAAUAUGGUAGAAUGUUUCUUUGAUUGCAA